AUGUCUACCCAGUACAAACUAAGCUCCUCACAAAGAGAUCGAGUGAAAAAGUUCAAUGCUAUUACUCGAAGCUCUGAUAAAGUUGCUAUCGACUGCCUUCAAAUGAGCAACUGGAGACUAGAUCAGGCCGUAGAUUACUUUUACAGACAGAAUCCGACCCCUCAAGGACCUACUAUCAAUGAGGCGAAAAUUGACCAUCUCUUCCAGCGUUAUCGUGAUCCCCAAUGUCCUGAUCGCAUAUUAGCUACAGGGAUGGAGUUAUUUCUUGUUACGGAUCUUCAUAUUGACCCAGAAAGUUUGAUCACCUUGAUCCUAGCUUGGAAGUUUUCAGCAAAGACCCAAGGAGAAUUUACUCGUGAGGAAUUUUUCCGUGGGUUCAGAGAGUUGGGUUGUGAUUCAAUCAACUCCUUGCGUAAUAAACUUCCAAGUCUGUUGACUGAUAUAGAAGAUAAACAAACUUUUCGUUCUUUAUACUUAUUCACAUUUGGUUUUGCUAAUUUGGAUAAACAUGAAAGUAAAUCAUUAGUUCUUCAAUACGCUAUUCCCUACUGGGAAAUCCUUCUACGUGGUCGAUUUUGCCAUUUGUCUCUAUGGUUUAAAUUCCUUCAAGAGCAUCAUAAACGUCCAAUUUCCAAGGACACAUGGGAUCUUCUUCUAGAUUUUGUUGAAACAAUUCAUCCAGAUAUGUCUAAUUAUGAUGAAGAAGGGGCUUGGCCAGUACUGAUUGAUGAAUUUGUCGAAUGGGCAAAGCCUCAAGUUCAAAUGGAUAUUCCUCCAACAAACCACCCAUGA